AUGCCCACAUUUUCAGCCGCAUCCAUUGGAGUGCCAAUUCAAGUUCUGGACAGAGUACAGGGUUAUAUCAUGACUCAGACCAACUCUAUGGAGGAAGCUCACGUGAACUGCCAGAUGUCCAACAGCACACUUACAGAUGGGCAUGGGGCCUAAUUAGAGCAAGUAUACAUCCAGGGGGGCAAAAUACAGUUCCUCAUUGUGCCAGAUAUGCUGAAGAAUGUUCCCACAUUGAAGAGUACGAAGAACAAAAAUCAGGAUUCUGGGGCUGGAAGAGGCAAAUCAGCAAUUCUUCAAGCCCAGAUGGCUGCAAGAGGAAAGAGACAUGGGAUGGAGCUGGGCAAUAUUUUUUAG